AUGGCCGAUUCAGGCUUCAAUACCCCAUAUAGGGGGCAGGAAAAGCUUAUAGUGGCGUUUGAUAUUGGGUCUACUCAGAGCGCCGUGUCCUUUAUGCAUGCCUAUAACGGAAGCAUACCCACAGUUAGAAUGGUCACUCGGUGGCCUGGUCAACCCAGUGGGAGCGGAGAUUCUAAGAUUCCUACCAUCGUAGCGUACAAGAAUGGAACACCUGUCGUAUGCGGAGUGGAAGCGCAGGAUUAUGUCGCUGACGAUGCAUAUGAGAUUGCAAAGUGGUUCAAGCUCCAUCUCCAUCCCGACUCGAUGAAAGUCUCCGACCAGCCACCAGAAUACGGUAGUAGUGAAACGGCACAAAUUCGGAUCCCAGAGCUUCCAUCUGGCGUCACAUUAAUGCAAGUAUAUGUGGCAUUUAUGUCCUACAUCUUUAAAGCCACCGAAGACUUCUUCGCUGGGACGACGCCAAACGGAGUGGCAAUAUGGCAGCGUUUGCAGCACGACAUGGUGAUAGUCAUGGCGAUACCAAAUGGAUGGGAUACCCAGCAGCAAGAGUUUCUCAAACGCGCUGCUAUAGAGGCCGGCAUGGUAUCCUCGGAUAAGGACGCAGAUUUGCGGAUCGAGUUUAUCAGCGAAGCGGAGGCAUCCGUACACUAUGUUCUACAAAAAUCGAACAAUCAAACUUGGCUGAGAAAAGGUGUCAUGUUCGCCGUGACGGACUGUGGUGGCUCGACUAUCGACAGUACUCUUUACGAAUGCAAGUCUGCACAUCCACGCAUCAUCUUAGAGGAAGUCGUGGCGAGCGAAUGUGUUCAGGCAGGCGGGGUCUUUGUCGACGCCGCGGCCUACACGACGUUGGCUAACAGACUCCGAGGAUCUUCGCAUGAAGAUAAAGACCAGAUUCUUGAAAUGAUCGACGUAUUUGAGAAAAAGACAAAGAGGCUUUUCGAUGGGACUCAAAAUGUCAAUACUAUUCAAUUUGGUGGAAGAACACAGACUGAUCGGCCCUACGGUAUUCUGAAUGGAAGGAUUAGCCUCAGUCGUGAAGAGAUGGCCUCCACAUUUGAUUCAGCCAUUGUUCGAACCGUGAACAGCUGCUUGAAGCUUCUCCGUGGUCACAAAAUCCAGCAUCUUAUCCUAGUCGGAGGCUUUGGCGAAUCACCUUACCUGCGCAAGCGGUUGGGUGACGUCUUCGGGAGACAAGGCACGGAAAUCGUCACAGUCGAGGAGCCAACCAAGAAAGCAGCAGCAGAAGGUGCGGCCAUAUGGUACACAAAGCAACUCGUAAUUGGACGUGCGGCACGUGUGAAUAUUGGGAUCGACGUAUGCCCAAUGUACGACCAACGUGACAAAGGUCACAUUGCUCGUAGAGGGCUGAUGUACAUCGAUGCAGAUGGAUGCCAACGAAUCCCCGGCCGAUUCGAGGUGUGGAUAACCAAGGAUUUUGUUAUGAACUCGGACUUUCACAAGGUGUAUGAGUGCCGAAAUCAUUACGCCGACAGACCCACUACACUCUCGCAGUUCAGUCUUCCCAUUCUGGCAUGGAGUGGGGAUAAUCCGACACAAUGGGUUACAGAUCCCCAAGGCGCAUUGCUGCCCAAGAUGAAACUCUUGUGUCGAGUCGAAGGAGACUUGACGCCAUUGCUUCCAAGUCUACGACAAAGGGCGGGGCCCAACGGCACAAGGUACUGGUGUCUCGACUACAAAGUACUUAUUUCCUUUGGUGGAACCAAGCUCAAGGCUCGUUUCCAGUGGAUGGAAGGGCGGAGCGUUCGAGAGGGACCUCUUUCGGUCGUACCUGGGUCUGCGGUCUGA